AUGGCUGUGGCAGAGUUUGAACCUCCCACUGUUCCUGCCACAGCAUGCGAAUUGGCGGAGAUGGGCAAAACCGGCGUCGUUGCUGGCAGCUCUGCUGCAGCCCCGGGUUGUUUGGAAGGUGAUGAUUUUAAUCAUGCCGCCAAGAAAAGACGUGUGCUACGAGCAGCAUCGAGUUUGGCACCCAACAGCGUGCAGCUGGAUGCCUAUUCCGACCUUGAUGCAGGCUCUCUGGUUGCAAAUUCUACCAGCAAGCUCGCACAGGAUGCAUGUGUGGAUGUUGGUGCUGCUGGGGUCGACGAUGAAGAGAAAGAGUUGAAACUUGUGCGAUCCGCUAAUGUCGCCCCGCGUGGACGCAAAAGACCCUUCCUGCGAGCAGCUUCCAGCCUCGCCCCCUCACAAUACACGUGGCGGGAUUCACCAAGUCCAGUCGCAGAAGAUGAUGUCCAGGAGGAGGUCGAGGCGGCUGGUGCAAUUGUGCACGAAAUCGUGCAGCCACAGCUUCAUUCCGAUGCACAUGGUAUGAGCAAUUCGCCAGAGAAGGCCAAGGCUGCUUCCAUAGUAGAGCGAGGUAACACGACUGUGUUCAGCAAUCAGGGUACGAUCGCCCCAACAUUAGUGGUUGAAUCCGACAACCACGGCACGAAAGGCUGGCUGGAUUGUUUUCCGGGCCAUGUGCUGCCCGACAAUCAGAUGGAGUUGCUUGCGCAGAAGGGUGACAAAGAGAUUGUGGCUGCAACGUGCCAUGGAAGAAGCGAAUCUGCUUGUGUAGAGCAGGUUUUGUUGGAGGUUUCCAGCGUCGAGCCUGCCAACACGGACGUGCCCACAAAUUUGGGCACGCUGACCCCGACGUUGGUGGUCGAAUCUGAGAACCACGGUGUGUACGGCACUAAAGGUGAGCUGGACUGUCCUUUGGGUCCUGCAUCGCUUGCUUUGCAGAUGGAGCUGUGCAAUGGCACAGCAGGUGUGGUUGCAACGUGCCAUGGAAGGAGUGAACCUGCUCCUGUUGAGCAGCAGCUUGUGGACAAUGGCACUAUGCCAGGGCUCGACAGAGUGCUGUCAAAGCUCCCACGGCAACCAGCAAGGCGUCGCAUAGUUGGCAAGCAGCGAGCUCCUGCUUUGGCGAAGAACGGUUCUGUCCUGAUCCGCCAAUCUCUCGGACACACGCUUCGGCCACCCGAAGCUGGGUUCCUCGUGCGAGUCCAGGGUGACGGUUGGGGAGGCCCAUCAAAUGGCAGCGCCUCGUUUCUGGCAACGAUCACAGAAGCGGAUGACGAUACUUACACCGUCAUUCGAAGGGGUGAUUGUCAUGGCUCCUGGGAUGAAACACAUGUGUUGAAACGCGAGUGUUCUAUACUCGCCAGGACAAGUUCACAGCAAGAUGUGUAUUUGCACCGAGUCCCUGCCUGCAGCAUAUGA